GAUAUAUGUUUCUUAGAUGUGACCGUUUUACACGAAGGAAAAGUCCCUUUCUGGUGGAUGAGGUACGCUGUCAGUAUAGUUCUCUUGUUUAUCGCCGUGUACAUAAAUUGGAUCAAUGUGGGUUUGUAGGAAACUGCUCACCUACCCCUCCCCUAAGUCAACAUUAUCACUUACUUCUCACUUAAGGCAGAAUGUUAGCUUAGGGCAGGGAUAGGUGGGCAGUUUCUCAGAAUCCUAAAUUAAUCCCAUACGGAUAUAUUGUACAUGUUUCUUUUGUUUACUGGAUUUCUACUCGGUUCUCAUAAUGAUGACCCACGAUCGUUGCCUAGAAACGCAAAAUUAAAGGAACUGUGCCUCACAAUUUAACCCGGUAUUUUCUAGUUUAUGAAUUAUUACUAGUAAUAAAUUUUGAAACCCGCUCAAUAUCCCCUUUCUUGUUUUGCUUCUUUUCAGUGUUCCGGUGAGGGUAUUCAGUAACAAAUCUCAUGAUGGUAAGUAACUAGGUCAUUUGUAAAGUCAGUGGACCGACUUUCUUGAGAAGGAUGAUCUGUGAGAUUAGAAUAAAAUAUUACACAUAUUUGUACAGAGUUAAAGUCAUGUUCUCAAACGAUGGGUUUUUUGAUUUUUGCUGUUCACAUCCUAAUAAAGGAAGUCGGAUUUUUUACCAUGAGAUUAGACGUGGAAAUUAUAUUGAUGUUUCUCUGUAACACAGCGCGCUUUUCAUACUGGUCAUUGCUUGCCAUCUCAGAGUUUGGGCAGAAAGUUCUCUUUGAUCAGGCAAAUUGAUAUUUUUAUGAACGUUUUACUUUUCGAAAGAAGCUACAUCCGAAACGUGCAAAGUUCCUUUAAAUACAAUCGUAUUGCUCCGGUUUUAUUCGUUACCUUCAGUAAGCUUUCUCCAUCGUAAGGCACUGGAAAUAGCUUCUCACUCCGUUUAAUGAAUACGUCCUUUUAAAAAUGCUUUGUUCGUAGGCGAUUUUUCUUCAGAAGGCGAAAAACUGUUUAUUGAAUACAGCGACGAACAUGGGAUCAUAAGAAUUGACCUUCUGAAGGUG